AUGGACGAGGACGACUUACUGUGCGUGGACCAGAAACAGACUCAGACUGGGGCGCAGGUGAAGCCAUGCCGCAAGACGACGAAGGUUUGCACAAGCAAAGAGGAAGCAGAUGAGGUGGAAGCUGCAUUCAGGAAGCGGCAGGAGAGCUGGGAGCAAGCUUUCCUGCUUGACAAAGAUCAGCCAGGCCUUGGGUCGUGGUUGAUGGGCCAGCGGGUGUCUUCGACAUCUUUUGUUCUGACAUGUGUGGCCUGCCGUGGUUGGGCGCAAGCAGACAUCACGUCGGAAUGGGUGCGCGGCAAGCCUAUCUUGAAGAUUGCAGAUUUGAAAAAGGCCCAUGUUGUAAAGCACGGACAAUGCUCGAAGCAUUUACGUGCAGUCAGCAAGCUUCUGACGAAUGAUGGUGCUCAGGAGGAGGACGAGUCCGGGCUUCACCGUGCCCCUGAUGUGGCGAUGAUCAUGGAUGUGUGGCGGAAAUUCAAGACGGGUUCAAGCUGCCGUGCAGUAGCGGAUACUGGGGCUUUCGGUGGGCGUCAUAAAGUUGAGCGGCUGCACAGCUGCAUUGGCAAUGCAUGUCUUGAGGCGGACAGAGAUGCCCUGACAACGGCUCGUGUCAUAGCCAUUCAUCAGGACGUGCGGGCGGGUGUCCUGCAGAUACGUUUCUCAGCCACUUUGGCUGAUUGGUCUUGCCUCAGAGGGCUCUUGGGUUUGGACUGCACGCCAGGUACAAAAUCCGAGGAUCUUCAGGAAGCGACUGUGAGAAUUCUAUCGCGUUUCUGCGGAGGCGACCUGAGGCUGAUGGCCAGGAUUUCAGAAAAAGUCGAAAUGAUCGAUGCAGAUGGGGCCUCAGAUGAACAGCGAACGCUGAACCUGCUCAGUGGAAGGGCCGGAGCAGUGCGGUCAACCAUGUUUCCGAACAUCCGCAUUCGCGUGCGGGACCCGACGCAUUGCGCAAGGCGUUUGUCAGCGAAUCCUUGGGCAGUGGAUCCAUAUCUGAGCCAAACCUUCCUCUUCUACAUCGGCGGAGCUGAGUCAAUGACUCACGUGAUACAGCACUCCCCGGAUCUACGACAUGUAUUCUCAGAGAAUACAUGCAGUGUGGACUCUGGCACGCCUCUGUCACAGCAGACCCUGAAUCGAAUGAGAUGCUUAGAUUAUGCACCUCACCGUUUCGAGUCCAAAUGCAAACCACUUUGUCGGUUUGUAUUGGUGUUUGAAUCCAUCUGGAGAACGGCCUUGGAUAUCAUGGUAAGGCGAGCAGGUACAGAGCCGGCGCGAAAAGCACAAGCAUUUGUAGAAGGUGCCGACGUAGAGAGUCUGCUUCAGUUAGCACUACUGGCGGACGCGGGGCUCCAGAGCAUGGAGCUCGAGAGCUACGACCCCGCGCUCAUGGUUGAAGCCCUGAGCAGCUUCGUCCACAACAUCGAUGUUCUUUUCGUGCACGAAGAUGCAUGGUACUACGGCCACACGGAGUUCAUGGUGAAAACCCUUGAGAAAGAGUUUGUCUUCCGUAAGCCAGGCGGGGGUGUGAAGAUCCUCGGUGGCCGCGGAUCAAUCAGUGAGGACGUCAAGCAGCGGGUGAUGCAGCGAAUGGCGAACUGGGUCAAGCUGGCUACGAGCCGGCUGCAAUCGGAGUUCCCGCACUACCAAGUCAUGCAAGCUUUCCAAUGCUUCGAUGUUUCACGUCGUGCAGUGCGUCCUGACGGCCGGGCUGACCCGGCAGUUCUGGAAGUGAGACAAGAAGCGCUGAGGAGGCUGGCUCAGUCAUUUUUAUGUGACCCGGAAGACCUGAAGAAACAGUUCGAUCGUUGUUACUUCAAUGCUCAGCAUUUGUUGACUUCCGGCCGUGUUGGUUGCAACAUGGAUGCUUGGGUUGAGACACGGAAGAAAUUCGACGACCGGCGGCUCCGUGACAAGCACAACUUGCAGGCACUGGACAUUGUUUUGGCUCGCUACCUUGCUUUCCACGGAGCUUCAACUUCCGGUGUGGAGCAGAAUUUCUCAGUCAUGGAGAGGACGAUUGGGAAAGAACGGUCGCUCAUGUGUGCUGCUAUGCGCAAUGACCAGCUUCGCCUCGGCUGCAGGGAGGCCACAACAGUAGUGGCAAAGGCAGCUGCUCGCAUCUGGAUGUCGAGGUAUGCCGGCACACGGGCCGGUGGCAAGCCACUUCGCAAGGCACCAACACUUAAGCAGGGCAGUGAGGCCGGGUGGAAAAGAAACCUGCAGCAGCAAGUGAAGGCACUGGCCAAGAAGCGUCGCCGGCGCGAUGCAAAGGCUGUGAUUGACGCGGCUGCCGAGGCGGGCAAAGAGCUUUGGUUGGACGCUCACGAGGAGGAGAUUGACGUGCUGCACGGAGUGGAACACGCAAACAAGCUCCAAGCUUUGCAGGCAGGGCAUCUUCUCCACAAUGAGGUAGACGAGCAGCUUCGAGCAGACUUGGAACGCAAAGAGCUCAAUUUCGCAAAACUCGAUCGGGAGCACCAGAACAAGAUGCGAAAGAUCAAAGAGAACACGGCUCGCCGACAGCACCAGCUGCUCCAGGCCUCGGUGUUCGUGGACUUUGCUGCAGAUGCCUCUAACUUGCAGGAUGUGGUGGCAGCCAUCCAAGCUCAGCGGAUGCAAGUCUCAGAGCUCAUGGCUGCAGAGUACUACAUUGUCCAAAGCAUGAAGAUCAUGCCUGACCCGGCAUGGAUUCACGGCAUCCUUCGUGGCAAGUGUGUUUGCAACGCCGACUUCAUUGUGUCUGGUGGUCACAAGGGGAUCGCCCUCAGCUUCUUCCAGGCCACAAACUCUGUUCGCAGGAUAUGUUUGAGCUCCGGCCUGCAGAGAACCCGACCUCAAAAUUUCGCGGCGGUGAGCAACAUAGCAUGCGAGCCAUCCUCCAAAUGGAAACUUCUAACGGAAGAGAAGUUCCUGGAAUCUGUGCAGAACAGGGCGCGUUCACAGUCCCAGUUCUAUUGCAUGGCAGUGGUGUCGGACGAUGAGAAGACCCGUGACCCUGUGUACAGGAGCAUGUCAAAUGCUUUCACGAUGGCCAAGUUUCUCGAUUUCUUUGCGAAAGUCAACGUUCCCAUGUCCAGAGACGGCGUUUGCGGACGCUGA